AUGACGAAUUUUGAAUUCCUUCAAGCAGAGCAUGUUAAAUUGCUGCAGAAUCAUGCCGAUUUGCAGAAACGUUAUGAUAUAUUGGCUGCAGCUGUAGGGUUCAGUAACAUUUCUGUUGGUGAUGCUUCAAAACUUUCGUUCGUGAAAAAGCUUGUGGCAAAAAUUACUGAAAUAUAUGACAACGAUUUGUAUAGCGAUAUAACAAUUCACUGCGAUGGACAUCAGUUUCGAGGUCAUCGGUUAGUGAUUGCAACAAGAACAGAUUAUUGGGAUGAUCUUUCGAGACUUGAUCGCAUUGAAUUUAAAGAUAUUACUUAUAAUACAGGCUGUGCUGUAUUGAAAUGGAUGUACACGGAUCACGUAGACGGUCUAUUGGGAAGUCGUUGUUUAAUGGAAAUAUUGAUAGCAGCGGUUAAGUAUCGCUUUUUAGAUUUACAGAUAAGAUGUGAACUGCUUCUGCUAGAUCGGAUUGAUUGCGAUAGUUGUUUAAUGUUAUAUGAUAUUGCAACCAAAAAUGACUUAGUGCAGUUAAAAGAUAACUGCGAAAAAAUGAUUAAGGCAAAAUGGAAUGAAUUCAGUGCUGAUGAUUUUACCAAUGUAUCUGCUUCAUUAUUGUACGGUCUUAUCAAAAGCUAUUCUGAACAUGUAUUGCAUUCAAUUAUACGUUUGAAGCGUAGUGAUAUUUUACUUCUUUUUUUUAUUGAACAUUUCCAGGAAUUGCCUAAACUGUGCAAUGAAGAAGUCAGUGGUACUUUUCCUCUGGAAUUGGCAUUGGAAUCUGAUCAGAUAGAAAUUGCAGCAUCUUUGGUUAAUCAUCAUGCGGAUGUGAAUUCCAUCGAUAAUAAUGGUAAAACGCUGUUGAUGAGGAUGCUAGUGAAAAAUAAGGUUAAUGCAUUGAUUUUCUUAAUUCAAAACGGAGCCAAUUUUGGUCAAAAAGUUGAUAUAACCGGAGAAAAUUUAUUGCAUAUUGCUGCAUCAACAAAAUGUUCGUAUGAAUUAAUCGAAUGGCUAUCUUCUAAUUUAAAUCAUUUCGAUAUCAAUGAUGUUGACAACGACUCAAAGACUCCAUUUAUAAAAGCUGUUGAUUCGGAAAAUAUAGAAAUUGUUGAAUUACUUUUACAAAAAUCUGCGGUUGAUAUAAAUAAAAUGGAUCGAAACGGAUGCUCUCCAAUAUCAUCUGCGCUCUUCAAAAUUAGAAACAUGGAAUUAGCGGAAUUAAUUGCAAAAGCAGGAGCUGACUUAAACAUUCUUUAUAAAGGUGUUUUUAUGAUUCAUCAUGCGGUUUAUACAAGUAAUUUGGAUGCAGUACAAUUCUUGUGCAGGCAUAAAGUCGAUGUGAAUAAAAGAACAGCAGAGGGUAUGCUACCACUGCAAAUUGUAAUAGAUUCUGAAAAUAUCAAUUUGGAUCUUAUCCGAAUACUUAUGCGUUCUGGUGCAAAUAUCUCUCUGAAAAUUUCGGGCUCUCAUGAAACUUUGCUUCACCACAUUAUCGGUAGUGAAAAUGAUAGUGAAAUUUUAGAAGUCUGUAUCGAAAAUAAUAUCUGUAAUGAAGAUAUUUUCACAAUCGUGGAUACAAACGGUCAUACGCCUAUUGCAAAAGCAGUCUUCAAUGGUAAGUUCCAAAGUGCUGAGCUUCUAAUAAAAGCUGGAGCUGACGUCAAUGAAAAGGAUCCGGAAGGAGUAUCUCUUCUGAUGCGAACUAUCAAUAGCAAAUUGGAUGAUGCUGCGGUAUUUCUGUUGGAUCACGGUACGGACAUUUCAGGAUGCAUUUCCGAUAAAGACUGUUUUUCUUUGGCGAUAGAGUUUUCGCUCCUCAAAACAAUUCGUCGUCUUUGCGCUUUUGCCAGGGAGGGCGAAAAGUAUAUAAAUGCUUCAUUAUUAUGGGAAGCUUUGCAACAAGGUUCAUUUGAAAUCGCAAAAAUUUUAACCGAGAGUGGAUGCGAUUUGAACGAUUGUUUUUACAAUGAAAAUCAAAAAUUUCAUCAAACAUUGCUGCACAAAGCGAUUGGCUUGAAGUUACGUGAUGCUGCCAUUUUCUUAAUUGAUGCUGGAUGUGAUAUUGAUACCUCAGAACAAUGGCAGAUUAAUGGAGAGAGGCCUGGCAGAGAUACUCCGCUGCUUGCUUGCAUUCGUUCAGACUUUAAUGAUGUUGCAAUGUAUUUAAUUAAACGAGGAGCUAGACUGGACAGGAAGGAUGCUGAAGGACGUUCGGCUGUACAUUUAUCGAUCUAUAAAAAGAAUAUAGCAAUUCUCAUUGAACUAUUAAAUAAAUGCAAUCCUGAUUUGCUUCUGGAUACGGAUUGCUCUGGAAAUACACCCCUUGAUGUAGCAAUCGAAACACACAAUUAUUUAGCAGCUGAGACUCUUAUCAAAAAAGCACCGAAAUUAAUCACUCAGGUGGAUGAGAAUGGCGAGAUGUUACUGCACAAAACAGUGAGAGCAAUUGAUUUGGAAUCGGUACUUUUCUUAAUAAGUGCGAAUUUCGAUGUCAAUGCUUGCACAGUGAAUGAAUCAUGUGUUACUGCCUUACAUCUUAGUGCUCAAUAUGGCAGUGAAAUUAUAAUGCGGAAUUUGAUUUUAGCUGGAGCUAACGUGAACGCAAUCAGUACUGACGGCUUUACGCCUCUACAUGUUGCUGCAUAUAAUAAUUAUGAAGCGUUAUGCAUGAUUUUAUUGGAAAACGGUGCCCAGCCUAACGUUCCAGAUACUUUGGGGAACACGCCGUUGCAUAGAGCCGUAUCAGGAGGAAGUGUAGCCUGUGUUAAUGUUCUGAUUGGCGAUUCGCGAAUAAAUUUACGUGCUGUGAAUAAAAAACAACAGAAUGCUUUGUUUCUUACUACUGGAGAUUUGUCAAGAACAAAUUCGUUGGAUAUACUGCAGAUGUUUCUGAAUGCUGACCCUCAAUUUCCUUUGGAUGAAAAAGAUGUGGAUGGAUUUACAGUGUUUUUGUUAUCAUAUUUAAAAGGAAAUGAAAAUAUGUGCCAUGCACUGCUACGCUAUGGUGUUUGCCUGGGCACUGUUAGCCAAACAGGUAUCUCAGUUUUCAAACAUGUGACGCCAACAAAACAGCUGCUUUUUUCGUUAUUAGAUAAACUGGAGCGUGAGCCUUGUUGGGCUGAUGGUCAUUCAUGUUCGGAAUGUGAAAUGAAAUUUACUCUGACAAUGCGAAAACAUCAUUGCAGACAUUGUGGACGGUUAGUGUGUGCACGUUGCUCGGAACAGGAAGUGCCAAUACUCAAGUACGGUGUUGAGAAACCGGCUAGAGUUUGUCAAAUUUGUUGUGAUAUUCUUACUAUGAGAAAUAUUUAA